AUGGAGAAGCUGGAGUGUCUUCUUGGGAUAGUGUAUGAAAUGAACAUGACUGGCCACAGCUAUAACAUCUACAACGCUGUCUACACAGUGGCCCAUGCUUUGGAUGCCAUGCACAUAUUGAAGUCCAAAUCCAGGACACUGCUCCAUCAUUUUCUAGGCAACAUCGUAUUCAAUAACACUGCUGGAGAAACUGUCCAUUUUGAUGAAAAUGGAGAAUUAGUUGUAGGUUUUGAUGUUACAAACUGGGUAACUUUUCCAAAUGGCUCUAUUGUUAGAGUAAAAGUUGGAAGAUUGGAUCUUCGGGCCCCUUCAGGCAAAGAGUUAACAAUUCAUGAUGAUCAAAUUGUGUGGCAUAGAAGCUUCAAACAGGUAAUACCCUUUUCUGUGUGCAAUGACCCCUGCCAUCCUGGCUACAGCAAGAAAAAGACAAAUGAAAAGACAUUUUGCUGCUACAUUUGUGCUUCAUGUCCGAAAGGGAUGAUCUCUGAGCAGAAGGAUAUGGAUACCUGUGUCAAAUGUCCAGAAGAUCAGUAUCCCAACAACCAACAAGAGAAAUGCAUUCCAAAGGUUAUAACUUACCUCUCUUAUGAAGAACCUUUAGGUAUUAGCUUAGUGACAUUAGCCAUUUCUUACUGUCUGUUUGCUCUUUUAGUGUUUGCAACAUUUGUGAAGCACCAGGAUACUCCCAUAGUUAAAGCCAACAACAGGAGCCUUUCCUACAUUCUCCUUGGUUCCCUUCUUCUGUGUUUCCUCUGCUCAUUCCUGUUCAUCGGCCAACCUGUAAAAACAACAUGCCUUCUCCGCCAAACAGUUUUUGGCAUUGUCUUCUCUGUGGCCCUUUCCUGUGUGCUGGCCAAAACUACCACUGUAAUUCUGGCCUUCAUGGCUACAAAGCCAGGCUCAAGGGUUAAGAGAUGGAUAGGGAAAAGAAUGACAAAUUGUAUUGUCAUAUCUUGUUCUUUUAUUCAGUCUGGUAUUUGUACUCUUUGGCUAGCUAUGUUCCCUCCAUUCCCACAAAUGAACAUGCAUGCAGUGGAUGGGAAGAUCAUUGUGGCAUGCAAUGAGGGAUCGACUACCAUGUUUUACUGUGUCUUGGGCUAUUUGGGCUUCUUGGCAAUUGUCAGCUUCACUGUGGCUUUCCUAACAAGGAAGUUGCCGGGCAGUUUCAAUGAAGCCAAGUUCAUCACCUUCAGCAUGUUGGUCUUUUGCAGUGUUUGGCUAUCUUUUAUUCCAUCCUACUUGUGCUCUAAAGGGAAAUACAUGGUAGCUGUGGAAACCUUCUCUAUCUUAUCUUCCAGUGCUGGCUUACUGGGUUGUAUAUUUUUCCCUAAAUGUUAUAUAAUUGUUCUGAAGCCACAGCUGAACAGCAGGAAACAUUUGUUAAGGACACAAAAUAAAAGAAUGUAA